UUAAUCCGGAUGUUAUUGUGAAACGGUGCUGUACUUCCGGCGGUAGCUAGAACAACAAGCAUGCAAUGCAUCCCUCAAAGUGGGUAACACCGUUACUUUGGAAGCACAUUCUCUCUUAAUUUGAACUUGCUUACUCGACAUUAGCACGCUGUCCUGAACAAGAGUAUGUUUCGCCGGUUUCCAGCCCCCGGCCAGCAAUCACCCGGCCAGGCGCCGUACGGCCAUCCCGGUGCUCCCCCUCUCAGAGGGCCGUUUGUACCGCGGCUCGGUGUUCCUCUUCCUGGACAUUUGCCGCCUGGAGCUUGUGGACUAUUUCCUUCUUAUUCUGCAAGAGGGCACUUCAGCACUAUCGUCCCUCCUGCAGACACACAGCAACUUCAGAUCCCACAGUGGAAACCCAUACCUCCGGCAGACAACAGUGAGAGAGCUAGUGAGGAAUUCCUGAGGUGUAUUGCAGCCAACAAGCCUCUCCCAGGCUAUCUCAAAGGGAAUAUGGCAUACAACCUGGCUGAUGCAUUUAAGUCAGCAAAUGCCCUGAAGGCAUCAGUUAAAUCAGACCCUGAGCUCCAGAAGCAUAUGACCAGAAGGAAAAGCCGUAGCAGAAGCCGAAGUCCUGCCAGAAGCCAUGAUAAGAGUGAAACCAAGAGCCGUGCACGAAGUACAAGCCGAGGACACAGCCGAAGCAAGGAAAGGAGCAGUAAAAGUCGUGCUCCAAGCCGCAGUCGCGGAAAGAGCAGGGCGAGAAGCAGAAGCAGGGCGAGAAGCAGAAGCAGGGUGAGAAGCAAAAGCAGAUCGAGAAGCAAAAGCAGAUCGAGAAGCAAAAGCAGAGCGAGAAGCAGAAGCAGAGCGAGAAGCAGAAGCAGGGCGAGAAGCAAAAGCAGAGCGAGAAGCAAAAGCAGGGCAAGAAGCAAGACCAGAGCAAGAAGCAAAAGCAGGGCGAGAAGCAGGAGCAAGACCCCCAGAAAGAGUCGAGCACGGAGCAAGAGCCGGGCCAGAAGUCGAAGUCGCAGUUGCAGUCGUGAAAAGACCAGAUCCAAGGACCACAGGAAAAAGAGGAGCCCUAGCCAGAGCUGCAGUGGAAGUAGCGUCAGCAGCAGUCAUAAACCCACAGGAAGUAGUCUGUUGCAAGGACUGCAGCUGUUAAUGAACAGCAAAGAACUGGAAGACCAGUUGCCCACUCUCAAGGAUGCUAUCCUUACUAUUCAGACCUCCAAUCAAGAUGAGAAAGUGCACUGUGUCACCAGUGAGGACAGUCAAGAGAUUACAACACCGGUGGACAAUGACAGCACGGUCCUUCCCCAUGACAGAGUGGGUGGUGACUUCUCCUGGCUCCAGACACAAAAUCAAGAUGACUCUUUGGAUGCCCAGAAAGCUGAUGACCUUGAAGACGAGGAGUCAUUCCUCUAUGGGAAUGAAGACAUCGGACAAAAACAACACAAUAAAUCCAUCCCUUACACAACUUUUUCACAAAUUCUAGAACCCCAGCAUAGCCAAACGGGGAGUUGCCCUACUGGAAGUCAGCAACAUUUUCAGAACAAAUCCAUGUUUGGUAGCCUUGGGGAUUCAUCGAGUUUAAGCGCUGCCAGUGCGGAACUGAAGCCUAAGCAGGAGCUUGUGUCCUCAACCCCUGACACUGCCGAGUAUGAGAGGAUUAAAAACAUGCUGAAAAACAUUGGCCUUAACUUGGGUACAGCAGAGAUCAGCAAGAUGGUGGUGAAGAUGCAGGAACAGGAGCGGAAAGAGGGGAAGCAGCUGCCCUUGGCACAGCUUCCUGGUUCAGAGAUAGCAGCACCAGUAUUUCCAUUGGCAGCACUGGGCAACACAAAUGUACGGCAAGCAUUAGAAUCUCUACAGUCAUUGAUCAAAGCAACAAAGGAGAAGCGGGCAAAAACUGAACCACAUGGCAGUAGCGUAUCUCAGAUAUCAGUCGACAAACACAAGGCAGGUAAUGAUGCAGACAGUAGAAGAAAAGAGAAACAAGCCAGAAUAAACCAGAUGGAGAUCUUGAUGAAAGAAUUUGAAGCACUGCUGAAAGAUGAUGGAUCGGAUUUUCUGACACCAGUGAUUGGAUUCUACUGUCAGAAAUGUGAAGAGUUCAUUGGAGAUUUGAGCAACGCUGAAAGUCAUGCAGACACCCAUCACCAUAAUGAUUCUAGCAGUCAACAUGGCUCAGUGGAUAAGACCGCUGGAGAUAGCAAAGGACACUCCCGCUAUUAUAGCAGCAGUAGCAAGCACCCCCACCCCUCAGACUUGAGAGAUCAGAGGGUUUCCAGUUACUUCAGGGAUAAAGGAGACCACAGGAAUCACAGAGACAUGAGGGACGAGAAAGACCAAACCAAACCAAACCAGACCAGACACAAACCUGACAAUGACCCCAGAAGCCACAGGAGCGACCAGGAAAAGAACUCCUCAAAGGAGGGAAUGAUGAAAGAGAAGGUGCCGAUAACAGUGUCCCGUAAACCGACGCCUCCUCCUAACACGAGGCUCAAGGAGGAGGUGGAUAAGGUCCAGGCCAUGGGAAAGCAUGGCAGGAUCAAACAAGAGGAAACAAAUGGUAAAGGACAAUCUUCCAGGUGUGACAGAGACAAAUCAGAAAAAUCAGAAAGUACUGAUAGUAGUGAUGAUGACAGAGAAAAAUCACAUAAAGCCAAGUCACCGAAAAGGAAGAAGAAGAAGAAGGAGAAAAAGAAGAAGAAGGAGAAAGAGAAGGAGAAAGAGAAGGAGAGGGAGAAGGAGAGGGAGAAAGAGAAGCAGAGGGAGAAGGAGAGGGAGAAAGAGAAGGAGAGGGAGAAAGAGAAGCAGAGGGAGAAGGAGAGGGAGAAAGAGAAGGAGAGGGAGAAAGAGAAGGAGAAGGGGAAGGGGAAUAAGUAUAAGAAUAAGUGAUCUACUAUACUUCGUUAGCUUGUCUGAACUGGACAUGUCCAUAGUUUCAUGCAGACAGCUUGUUUCUGCUGAACUCUCUUCAAUUGCAAUUGAGUCAAGGAUCUGUACACAAGGACAGUCUUCCCUUUUUUCAGUAAACUCAUGCUUGCUAUUUUUUGUUAGCCUUCACAUGACUGACAGUUGAUGUGGGAUUGUAGGCCUCAAAAUAAAUCAAGUAAUUAUAAAAGAUACACUUGUGUACUUGCAAACCUAAGUAGAGAUGUACAACUAAAAUAUUGUACAUUUCUACUUAAAAACUUGUUCAUGUUCAUAAUUUAUUUGUCAGCAUUUGGCAAAUCUCAAGUAUGUCCUCAUGCCCUGAUUUUAUUGUUUUAAGGGAAAUAUUUUUUGAGGGCCCUGACAUUUUUGGCCAUAACAUUAUAUUUGAGUGUAUUUUUCAAAAGGACCAAUAAGAGUGUAGUGUUAGCAAUAUGUGAUCUGUUUUUACAGUUGAAUUUUCAUUUCCCUCUUAACCUGUCUGCAAUGUCAUUUAAAAUACAGAAUGACACAGAU